UUACAAGUCGCUAUACGCUCGCUCCGUGGCUUCGCGCUCGUUCCGUACUGUUGUGAUUCAAAAAUUCGCAACCUUUUGUUGGGAUCUUGUUACGGGUGUGGUUUUGUCGGAACCGGAUUAAAGACAACGACCAGGUUCCAGGUGAACGGGCUAGACAACCUAAUUGUUGAUUUUCGGUACGGGCCAGAAUUUAUGUGUUCAGUGAUCCACGAAAUUGGAUUCAAGUGAUUCAAGUUGCGCUUACUAGUGUUGGAGAUUGGUGUAAAUUUAAAAUUAUCUGCUAAACAGUAGAUUCCUUAUACGCAUAGUUCUAUGAUGGUGCAACAAGUGCAAAUCCUAGCGGCACUUGUAGCAACGCUUUGCUACUCCUGUGGCGUUUUGGCAGUACAAUGGAAAACAACACCGCACCAGGAGGAACACGAUCGCGGCGGAACAGCACUACUCGAUCACUACUUUGUGCAUCACUUCGAUCAGGAGGAACCGGAUGCGGAACAAGCGUCCUCCCGUCAGGCAGGCGUUUCCGUCAAUUGCCAGUGUGUUCAGCUUCGGGAUUGUCCGAAGAUCUUGGAAAUGCUGAGGUCUCCAAAGUCCAGCUAUAGCAGUUUCAACUCGAAACUGAAACGAUUAACCUGUGGCUUUGGGAUGGGUCGCGAGCCAACCAUAUGCUGCCCGUUGGAUGACAGUUGGCUAGCUGACGAAGUGGAACCGAGCUCACGAACUGGUUUUGGUUUCGAAGAACUGGGUAACCUGAAAUAUAUGCAAUUCGGUAAAAGCCAGUUUGGCCUCGAAAAGAGUAGUGGACACGAUUACAAGUACAAUUUCAUAACGUCGUUCGAAGAUCCGAAAACAUUGAAGAACUGUCCGCCGGUGUUGUACCCCGCAGAGGACACGGUUCGAAGUAAUAAUCCUUACGUGGCUCCAGUCAUUCGUCGCAGAACUACGACGGCUCGGCCCCGUGCUAUAUUCAGCAACACUAGAACCGGUCAGGAGAUAGUGCCAGCUGCUGAAACGGUUUCUGUGACGGGACCACCGGUGAUCGAAACAACUGCUCGAUUAGUGGCCCGCGUUUCUCCACCGGUGAUCAACGAUGCCCUCUGUGGACUCUCGGUCAACACUAGGAUUAUUGGAGGAGAAACCGAAAUUCCAGGCCAAUUCCCAUGGAUAGCCAGGUUGGCUUAUCGAAAUAGAACCUCCGGACGAGUGACGUAUCGAUGCGCAGGAUCUUUGAUCUCUAGUCGGCACGUGAUUACCGUGGCCCAUUGCGUGACCAAUCUGAUAGACGAGCUGGAACUAGUUAGUGUGCGACUGGGUGACCUUGAGUGCAAUUCGGUCACGGAUAACCGUUGCCGGAACCGCUAUCAGGACUUUGGCAUUGAACGUUUGAUUCCACACGAAAACUACGACAGCCCGAAGUAUGCGAACGACAUUGCCCUUGUGAAACUACGGCAGACUACCGAGACGUACAACAUUCUUAGCCCGUUGUGUCUACCGAUAGAUCAGUAUUCGGAUUAUGCCAGGAAUUUGACCGGCAGUACGGGGGUCAUUGCCGGUUGGGGUUCAACCAGUAAUCGAAGUAACAAUCCUAGCCCAACACUGCAGUGGCUCCGAUUGCCGAUCGUGGACACUACCCAAUGUGCAAACUCGUACGCACGGUACAGUGUCAACUCGCGGACACCGAUCGUCGUCUCCAACAAUCAGAUGUGUGUUCAGGGCCAGGAGAACCGCGAUGCCUGCCAGGGUGAUUCCGGGGGACCGUUGAUGAACGAAGCCGUAUCCAGUCGGGACCGGUUCGUGCUGCUCGGGCUGGUCUCGUUCGGACCCCGAUCCUGUGGAGUAUCGAACUUCCCCGGGGUGUACACGCGGAUAUCUUCCUACACGGAUUGGAUCGUGCAACAAAUGGCACUUUAGUAUUAGUAGAAGAGCGAAAACGGGUACAAACGAGUGCUGUAUAUAGUUUUAGAAGUUCGAAUUAAAUGAAUUUG